AUGACCUUAUUCUCCAUUUACUUAUUUCUCUCAGUACUUUCUGUCCAAUUUAAUUCAUGUCGUUCAUCAAGUAUUCAUUUGGAACCUAAACUAGUUAUAUUAAACGCCACAGAUUCAGUGAAUCUCUUCUGCACAAAACAGCAGGACGAUGGUUUGAUGUUCGAAGUCAGUCUAUCGGCGAAUAUAUCUGAGGCUUAUGUACGAAUAUCAAUGAACUAUUUCAAUAAUACAUCUGUUAAAAUCAUUCUACGAGCAUUUGAUUACAUUGGCGCAUUCACCGUGAUUUGUUCGGUUGAAGGAAAACAACAUAUAAACGCGCGCUCGAAUGUUUCUAUUGGCAAACCACCUGGGCUAUUGAUGCGCCAUAAACGUUGCGUUGUGCACUAUGAUAGAUAUAUUGAAUGCACAAUCAUCGCCCCGGUCUUUGUUCGUGCGUUUACAAAUCAUUUAUCGAGUAGAAUAGACUUUUUUGAACGGCCUCUGUUUUCCCGACCGAGAAUCUAUCGACCAUCUCCAAAAUUAGUGUCAAUCGAUCUUCUCAAUCAAACAAUAACAUAUCGAUGGCUUCCUGAAUUUUCUUAUUAUUUUCCAUCAAAAUUGAAAAUGAAUGUGACGGCAACUAUACAACCUUUCGGUUCAUCGACUUACUUGAUGGACAUGACGCCAAUCUUUCGAAUCACAUCGAACUUCAACCUUGUCAACAGUACACCGAUCACAUUAAAAAUAGAAUUUACUCAUCGAGAAUCCCAGUUCGUGUCUUUCUGCUACGGAAAUAUUACAAUGAAAAACAGUGUCAAUUCGAAUGAAGAAGAAAUUCGAUUGAUUCAUGAAACGAAUAGCACAAGUCUUGACCUCACUAGUUUAUCUCCCGACACUUGGUAUCGAAUAUGUUUUUACUGUUACCGUAAGCAACCAAUCGAUACAAUUAGCGAUCUUGUCUGUCAUCAGUACAAAACUUCGAAAUUGUCUAAUAUUCUCCAAGAUUUUUCUUCCAAAAUAUUCCAUAAAAAUUGGGUUUGGCUGAUCGCAUCAUGUGGUCUUCUCCUAUGUGUGAUACUGAUUUAUGUCCUCUUCGCAUUCUUCAAAAAGAGAAAAUGGAAUUGGCUUAAAGGAAAUACUAAACAAUCAUCUAUUUGCAGAAAAUCUGACAAUGUAAUUAUCGCUCGUCAAAGUUCUGUUCCUCUCAUUGUGCCGAUGGUAAUAUUUUUUUGUCAAUAUGAAUUGCACUUUCCUCUAAUUCUAUUUUCUCCUUCUUCUACAAGAAGUAUUUCGUUCUUGACGUGUACAAUUCAUUCAGUCAGAAAAAAAUUUGUUUGUUAUAUGAGUUACGCCUUUCUUUUAUUCGUUUUCUAUUCACGUUUCAUUCUAUUCUUCGUACGACUUCCACUAAAAAGUAUUGAAGAAUAA